AUGUUCACUAACAUGAAACUCGCCAAAUCACUCACGGCCGUCAUUGGCCUCGCCCACUUCGCCAUCGCAGGUAACUUUUGCCUGUCCUACAGCUACAAAUCUAUGGGCGGCAAAGGGGCGCAAGACUGGCGGACCUUCCCGGCUGGCGAGCCGUGCGACACCACCAACUAUUUCGACAAGGACAUCUGCCCUUCUCUCCCAGCGGGCGGAAGGCUGUGCGACGUCAGCUACAACCUCGUGUCAGCUGAGGACGACACCAUCGAGGACGCCGGUUGCAGCAUCGCCCUCGAGAUCGACGGGACUGUCUACCACGGGCGCCUGUCUGAUGAUGAAUUCGAUGGCAGCGAGUGCGGGGGCAAAUGCGGGUUCCCGCCCCGUUUCUUCCAGAGCAGUUACAUCUUUGAGGAUGUGCCCAUAUGCGACUGA